UUCAAAAAUCUCUUCCGGAAACCUUGCUCUUUUUUCUUAACCGCUCCACCUCGUAAUCAAUCACUACCCUCUUUCUUUCUUAAGACCAAAGGAGACGCACACAAAGAAAAGCCACGAAUCUUUACAACCCACUUCACAUUUUCUCCUCCUCCUCUUCCUGAGUUUUACUCUCUUCUCUUCGAAAUGGGUAGAGUGGGUAAAGAAUCCGAUCUCAAAUCCCGUUUAGUCACUGAAAUUUGCUCUAUUUCAACUCGUUCAGUUUCUUGCACUCAUAGUCAUGGUUGCAGCCCGUUUAAAUCGCAUUUGAUCGAUUGGUAUCGCGUUCUUGGAGUGGAAGAAAAUGAAAAGACAGACGUUAUCCGCAAGCGAUACCAUAAGCUUGCUUUGCAACUUCAUCCAGAUAAGAACAAGCAUCCCAAGGCUGAAAUUGCUUUCAAGCUUGUCUCAGAGGCAUAUACAUGUCUCUCUGAUGGUGCAAAGAGAAGAGCAUUCGACCUGGAGAGAAGGAAAAACUUAUGCUUCAAGUGCAAGACAAAUCCAUAUACGAUCUGCAGCAGUCGUACAAACUGCAAUGGCUCAGAAAAGGUUUGGAAUCUUACAAGCCAAUCAAGGUCUCACAAAAUUUUGCAAGGUCUGAAAGACAUCAGAGAAAGAUUCAAAGAGGAGGCCAAGGUAAUAGAGAACUGUAUGAGAGCUAACGCAACAUCGAGGAAAGAAUCCCCACUCUUCACUCCAUCCGAAUCUUUAUUCCCAAGCAACAAAAGGACCCAUAAAGAAUCUCCAAUAUUCAAUCCAGCGGACUACAAUGUCCAAGGAUACCCUCAUCUUAGGACCCGAGUUUGCAGGCAACCAGGGAACUAUUGGUACUUACAGACAGGGAGUCGUGUGAAUUAUGAAGGGGGAAGAAGCAGGGGGUAUGACACUCCAAUUUUUGAAGUCAGGUCGGAAAGGGCAAUGCUUAGAAGUAAAUCUGCUUGUGCGCGUUCCUAAUCUUAGCCUAACAGGUGUAAUGCGCUGCAUUGAGAAAAGACAAUGUGAUGGACUUGUUGUCUCUAGGAGAUCUUUUAGUUUUCUGUUCUGAAUUUUCUUCGUGCCAAAAUUUUGCCUGAAAAACAUUUGAUGUAAAUAUUUUAGGACAUAAUUGAACAUCAGGAUCCAACACUUUUUCAAUAUCAAAGGGAUGAACACAAGGAUUAGGAUUUCCUACAAUUUGUCCCAAACACUUCUGCUUA